GUCACUGUCGCCUGGUGUUCUCACACAUUUUUGACUGAAUUAUUUUUUUAAUUGUAUUAUUUUAAGUCGCGAUAUGUAGUCUAAUUGUUUUUUAUGUGUAAGGGAUGGUAAAAAUUACUUUCAUUAAAUAGUUAAAACAAUGUGUUUUAAUUAAAAUUUUACGCUUGAACGAAUCAAUUGUUGUAGUCAACAUGGGAAGGACUAUGAGAUAAACCCCGCUUAUGCUACUUCCGUGAUGGCAACUUCUCCGCUCUCCAACAACCUCUCGCCGGGAAGCUACUCCUCCGCGGAGCUCAGCGACUCCUCCAUCAGUUCCCCGGCCGUGCUGGCGGACAUGGCGGACUACCUGAGUCCCAAGAGGCCCCUGACGUUCACCGCGGAGCAGGUGGCCUGCAUGUGCGAGGCCUUGCAGCAGACGGGGGACAUCGAGAAGUUGAUGCAGUUCUUGUGGUCGCUGCCGCCCACACAGCUCUUCCGGGGCCACGAGUCCAUCCUGAGGGCCAGGGCGGUGGUGGCGUACCAUCGGGGCGCCUACCACGAACUCUACGCCGUCCUGGAGAGUCACAACUUCGACCCCCGGCACCACCCGCAGCUGCAGCAGAUGUGGUUCAAGGCGCACUACAAGGAGGCGGAGAACAUCCGCGGCCGAACGCUCGGAGCCGUGGACAAGUACAGGCUCCGCAAGAAGUACCCCCUGCCCAAGACCAUCUGGGACGGCGAGGAGACCGUCUACUGCUUCAAGGAGAAGUCGAGGAACGCCCUGAAGGAGUGUUAUGAAAGGAACCGCUACCCCACGCCGGACGAGAAGAAGUGCCUGGCGGCCACCACCGGCCUGACGAUGACUCAGGUCAGCAACUGGUUCAAGAACAGGAGGCAGCGGGACAGGACGCCGCAACAGCGCAGUGAGCUGGUGAUAUCGAGCGACGCAACCUGUAUCCUGAGUCCUUCCUCGGGCGGACUGCUGGACCUGCAGUUGAUGUACAAGGACGCCCAGGCCGCCGCCCAAAUCAAGAGUGAACCCUCAGGUCACGUGACUCACCCUCACCCCCACGUCAUGCACGUCCAGAGCUACCACGGCUACGAGCAGCUCCUGGCUAACGCUACCCACUCGUGAGGGACCCAUGGACUCUCGGUCCUUCGGGAGAUGCGGUUUCAGGGAGAUCCCAGUUUAUUCAUGUGACUCAUGUGUUUCGUGACUAGUGAAAGUGAUUCACGUACACUUAGGUAACCAUUUCAACAUAAACUACAACAUGGACUUACGAAGGAAACGGUGUUUUAUAGGAAAGCUUAAUCAAUUGUGCCAGGACUACAUUUUUACAGGGUACUUCCUCAGACAUACAAAGAUCACAAAGAUUUUACAAACUCUUACGAUGGUUCACACACAAAUUGAAAUUAUUUACAUUUUUAACGCGAUUAGCAAUACUUAAUGCACAACCUGAAUAUAAACUUGGCCAUUUUAUUAAAAAAGUAUAUUUCGUUGAAGAAUUUACUUGUGUCCUGCGAAUUUAUAAUAAUUCAAAACAAAAAAAAAGUAGCAAUUCACUAGAUUGGUGAAUUUCUAAAGCCAUCUCACGCAAGUAGUAAAUGCAAUUCAAGGAAAUAAGUAUUUUAACUAGAAAAUUGGCUAUGAAGACUUGUAAAUAUAAUUUCUCGCUAUUAAAUUCGCACACACUAAUUAAAAAAUGUCAUUAGAUCACAUUGUUUAAACGACCUUUGUAAGCUAAUUUGGCGAAAAAUUUAUGGUUUUUUUGUAUCAGAUUCUUUGUUAUAUUAUUUUUAUAAAUUGUAUGUCCUGAAAUAUCGUAAUGUAAAACUUGUGAUUUAUGUCCUAAUAGUUAAGACAGUGCAAUCGGAUUUUGGUUGGAAUAUGUUAAAAUAAUUAUUGGAUUCAACCCUUCCAAGAAACUAUUUUUGAAAAAAUAAUUUUACAAGACUGGUAGGAAUCCGAAGCAGAAUUCUGUAUAAGUAUAUGAAGUUUUACAGUGUGUAUAUGAAGGAUCACUGGAUUGAGCUAUUAUGUUUAUGUAUGAAAAAAGUAAUUUCUUAACAAAAAACCUUCCUUCAUACAUACAGGUAAAAAAAUGACUUUAUGAAACCAUAAGUCAUGUAAAAAUUGAAAAAUUUUCACAUUUUUAUUUUCACCUAAAUUUCCUACUUAAAUUCCUGUAUUUUCUUAUUGAGUGAUAAAAAAUGUGUAUUGAAAGAAAUUUAUGAGGCUAUAAAUAUAAAAUAUAUUCUAACCAAAAAUCGAUUGCACGACCUUAAUAAAUAGCUUAAUGCCAUUGUUUUGACAGUGGAUUACAUUAAAUUCUCUGUUACCUGACAUCAAGUGGGCGGUGUCGUAGCGAUAUCGUGCUGUAAAUGGGGCACGGAGAACCCUUGUAGUCAAAUGUAAAUAAUUUGUCACAAAGCGAUCUGUAAAUUAGUAAACCUACAGUAGAAUACUUGUUAGUUACCCGACACAGACGAAAUGUUUAUUUGUAAAUAUGACUAGAAUUAGUUUCGUGUAAGUUAAGAAUUUAUUUUAACAUUGCGAUGUCCUUGCAGGAAUGUGCAGGCGCCCAGUUCUAUGUUGGAUUCCCCAAACACUGAUGUCAGUAAAAGACGUUCUUGAGCCGGCAGUAGAGAAACGACCUUGAUACACCCCCCCCCCCUUACCGUAAGAACACGGUAAAAUCUCAUGCAGCUUUUUUUCUUUUUUUGUAAAAUGUACUUUUUUAAUUUUUAAACGAUGAAAUACAACAAAGUCUGAUAUUGUUUUACUAAGACACCACCAAAAACUCAAAAGAGUUUCGAUACAUACACAUAAAAUAAGGCUGUAAAACUGCACGAGACUUUAAUAUUUUUAUUAUGGGGUCAUUUAAAACUCAUGGUCAUUUUACUAUUGUCCGCUCGGUUUAUGACAGUUUUGCUAUUGAAUUCAAAUUUAUUAUUAUUUCUAUUAUUAAAAGUUUGGAUUUGUUUCUAUAGCUGCAGACUCGGGCAAAUAAUGAUACACCUUUGUUAUUACCUAAAUCUCAAAUUGAUUACAACGCCAUUGCACAUAACGAACAAUAUGUGUUCUAAUUUAAAGCAAUUGAAUUUUUAAAUCUAUUAUGUUACCGUAAUGUAUUUUGUUAAAUUACUCUAUAUAGUAGCCUAUGUAACAAUAAAUGACGCUAGUACAUUUUUCAAAAGUAAGGUCGGUACAGAGUAGGAUGGAAAAAAUAAAAAUACCUUUGUUUAGAUAAGUAGGCUGCAAUUCAUAAAUCUAAAACUUGAUUAUUCAGCAACAUAUUUUUGAAUUUUUUCCAAAACUUAUUUGUUUUAUUUUAAUUUUAUUGUUAACGAUGUGAGAUUGCUAAGGUUAACACUAGUACAGAGGAAAUGACCAUAACAAGAUGGUUAAUUAGUAAUGAACUCAUUAAUAAUUAACAACUAAUAUCGAUUUUCCAAGGACGUCGCAAUGUUUAGUCUAUGAAUGUUAAAUAAACAUUUAUACUCACUCGUUUACCAAAGACUGUAGGAUAAACUAUGUGUAAGCCAAACAAUGUCUAAAUGUUUGUAAUUUUAAUUCCGGAAACAUCCCAGUGUCAUCAAAACUUCAAGCCUAAUUCAUUUACAAGGCAAUACUUUAUUAUGGGUUGUAACGCCAUUUUACAUAAUUUAGAUUAAUCACAUCUCCAGUUGUUACAUUUACAUCAAAGUCUCCAACUGUUACAUUUUGGUCACAACCUCCAAAUGGUAUAAUUCAGUGGCAGCGUCUGACUUUAAAAUAAUAGUCACAAACACCAACUGUCACAUUUUCGUCACAACCUCCAAAUGUUAUAAUUUAGUAACAGUGUCUAACUCUUAAAAUAUUAUUGUCAACCUCCAACUGUUACAUUUUGGUCAUAACCUCCAAAUGUUAUAAUUUAGUAACAGCUUCUACUCUUAAAUAUUAGUUACAACCUCCAACUGUUACAUUUUGGUCACAACCUCCAAAUGUUAUAAGUUAGUAACAGCCCCUACAACUUUGUCUCAAAUCAUGCAAAAACGGAAUAAACCUCUGAAAUUGUUUGUUACGGUAUUGUCUAAUAUUAUGUCUUUAUUUUAUGAUUAAUUCAAAACCCCAACCAUAAUGAUUUUUUAGUUAUUGUUUUAUUUUGUAAAUACAGUUUUCCUUAUCAUAAUAUUGUGAUCAUUAAAAUAUUUAUACUACGCUCAUUUUAGUUGUUAUGAUUACUUCAACACUGAUCAUAUGUUAGUAUUAUUUACUAUACGACUAACAUGUUAUUGUUAUCAGACCCUAUUGAAAUACAUAGCUUUAGAUUUGUAAAUACAAACAUCAAAAUAUUUUAUUAGUUUGACAACGAUCAAAAUGUUAUUUAAUAUUAGUUACUUUCAAUUAGCAUAAACAAUUUACAUACAAUAUUGUAAUGUUUUCCAUUUUGUAAUAUAUUAUAAUACGAUGAUUUGCGAAAGUUGAUCAUACACUAUAGGCUACUAUCAGUAAGUUAGUUCCUUCUUUUUGUUUAAAAGCAAUAAUACCUAAUAAUAAUUAUAAUAGAAAUAUUCCAAUGUUUUAAGUUGUUGAUUAUUUAAACGUGUGCUGUGUUUAAAAUGUUUCUAAUGUUUACAGAGCACAAGAUCAUUGCUUGGAAAUAUUGCUAUUUAAGUUUUGUGAAUAAUUUUAAUGAAUAUAUAAACUGAGUAAUUUGGAAAUGUUUUAUAACAAUUAUUUACAAUUAUAAUCUAAACGCUACUGUUACUACAUAGAUAAACUGAAAAGCGUAAUCUACAAAAUAAUGUUUACUUUUACUUUAUACUGUAGUUCAAUUUACAAUAUUGUUGAGCAAGUUAAGAAUAAUAAUAAGAAGAAAUAAACAAGAUUAUAAUUGUUCACAUUCUUAAAUAUGCAAUAUUAUACAGCUAUGUCCAGUACAAAAUGAGGACAGAAUAUUAAUUUGUUAGUGUUCACUUAUGAAAUGAACAUUAAAAAUGCUAAAGAUACAUUAUUAUUAUAUAGAAAUUAAUUAUACAUUGCCUAUUUAAAAAUAAUAGCUUUAAAUAUAUAUAUUUAAGUAUACGUUUUAACAUUUUUUAUUAAUUUAAUAUUUUAA